AUGAAGGAGAAUUAUUACAACAAGAAGAACCAGAAAUAUCUUGAGAUGUUAAGAUCAGGAAAGCCAAAAAAGAACUCAAGAGGUCAGAUAGUAAAAGACGCACCGUUUCAGAAAUCAAAGGCAGAAGCGGGAAGAAUAGAGCCAAGCAGGAAAUGGUUUACUGGAACAAAAAUAGUCUCUUCUACAGAGCUUGAUGCAUACAGAUCUGAGUUGAAGGUGCAAACACCGUACAAUGUGCUUCUUAGUGCAGGAAAGGUACCAUACUCGCUUCUUGAGGAGGGCUGCAAGAACAGAAAGCGAGUUAACGAUUUUGAGUGUGUAUUCGGAAAGAAGUCCAUAAGGAAGAAGCCGACACUUGGUUACAGUAGCUUGAAGGAACUUUCUCAGCAAUUGACUGAGGAGAAGAAGGAGAGUAUUGAGUUGAAGAAAGAGUUUGUGAAGGGACAGAGUCAUAGGAUAUGGCUUGAAUUAUAUAAAGUUCUUGACAGCAGCGAUGUGAUUAUUCAUGUUCUUGAUGCAAGAGAUCCUUUGGGAACACUUUGCGACAAGAUAUCUACAUAUAUUAAAGAAGAAGCGCCUCACAAGCACUUGAUGUAUGUUUUAAACAAGGUUGAUCUUGUGCCUACUGGAGUGACUGCUAAGUGGUUGAAAUACUUCUCUAAAUCACAUCCCACUAUAGCAUACCAUUCGAGCUCAAUAACAAAUAACUAUGGAAAGGCAAAUCUGGUUAAUCUUCUGAGGCAGCUAAGCAAAUUAUACAAGAAAAAACACAUGAGCGUUGGAUUUGUUGGGUAUCCAAACAUCGGCAAGAGCAGCAUAAUCAACACAUUAAGAAACAAGGCAGUAUGUAAGGUUGCGCCUGUUCCUGGAGAGACAAAAGUAUGGCAGUAUAUAACGCUUACAAGAGGAAUAUACUUAAUAGAUUGCCCAGGGAUAGUUCCAAUUGCAGAUUAUACUCAAGCCAUACUCCGAGGAGCGAUUAGAAUUGAGAACAUCGAAGAACCUGAAAUGUACAUUGAUGAAGUGAUUUCCAAGGCAAAGGAGUCGAUGUCAAAAACAUAUGGGAUUGUGUUCAAUAACUCUACAGAUUUACUUGAGAAGCUGGCAAUAAGAUUUGGAAAGCUACAGAAAGGAGGAGAACCCAACAUUGAUGCAGUCUCUAAGAUGGUUCUUCAUGACUGGGUUAGAGGAAAGAUUCCAUACUACACAAUACCUGCUGAUGCUAUUGAUGAGGAAAAGUAA